AUGUCUGGUCCGGGAGUCGGCUUCGAGUAUCCUCCAACCGAGGUGUCUUGGUUGAAGCGAGAUGUGCUUCUGUUCGCAGUGAGCAUCGGUUGCACUGUGGACGAACUGCACUUCAUCUACGAACUCCAUCCGAAAUUCGCCGUGUUCCCUACGUAUGCGAUCAUCCUGCCGUUCAAGAAGACGACCCAAGAAGUCAUUGACUUCUAUGCCUCUCAGGAGAGCAAUCCAAUUCCCGGGAUUCCCAAGCUCGACGCCAGACGUGUUGUCGACGGCCAGCGCAUGAUCCAGUUCCUGAAACCACUCCCUACGACCUCAGAAGGAAGAAAAUUCGAGCUGCGGUCGAAGGUCAUCGGAGUGUAUGACAAAGGCAAACCUGGCACAGUGGUUGAGACUGAGCAGACCAUUGUGGAUAAAGAGAGCGGCGAAGUAUACACGCGAGCCGUGGGCUCCGGCUUUUUUGUUGGCCAAGGAGGAUGGGGCGGACCCAAGGGGCCUGCGACGAUCAACUACCCACCGCCCAAGGGUAGAGAAAACAGCCCAGAUAAGAUCAGCGAAAAGCAGCUGACUGCCGAAAGUGCGCAUCUGUACAGACUGAAUGGUGACUACAACCCUCUGCACGCGACGCCUGAGCCCGGCCAGAAGAUGGGUUUCGGCGGCGCCAUCAUGCACGGCCUGUCAACCUGGAACUUUGCCGCGCAUGCGAUUUUGAAGGAGCUGGGUGGAAGUGACCCGGCCAACAUCAAGGAGUAUCAGGCCCGGUUUGCUGCGCCUGUGAAGCCCGGCCAGAAGCUCGUCACGAAGAUCUGGAGGACUGGCGAUGUCAAGAAUGGCUGGGAAGAGAUCAGAUUCUUGACCGAGGCCGAUGGAAAGGUCGUCCUCAGCAACGGGCGAGCACUGAUAAAGGUGGUCGAUGGAAAGAGCAAGUUGUGA